CCUGAGUUCAGUAAGGAGGUUCUCCAGGUGAAGGAACAGCAACUACAUGGCCCCUGGGCCCUGCCUGUUGCCACGGGUCAAGAACACCGAGUGCGCCAUCAUCACUCCGGGAGCAAGAACUAUGCUGGAGAGGACCCUGGAGGAUGCCAUCCAUGGGCGGUACAUGGGAAACCCGAGAUGGAAGGAGACUGUCCGGUUUGGCCAACGUACAUGGCAGAGGAACAUUGGAAUCAAGUUUACACAAGUUAAGAAGGAAGGGGAGCCAGCCCUGCCUAUUGCCACGGGUCAAGAACACCGAGUGCGCCAUCAUCACUCCGGGAGCAAGAACUAUGCUGGAGAGGACCCUGGAGGAUGCCAUCCAUGGGCGAGACUGUCCGGUUUGGCCAACGUACAUGGCAGAGGGACAUUGGAAUCAAGUUUACACAAGUUAAGAAGGAAGCCCUGCCUGUUGCCACGGGUCAAGAACACCGAGUGCGCCAUCAUCACUCCGGGAGCAAGAACUAUGCUGGAGAGGACCCUGGAGGAUGCCAUCCAUGGGCGGUACAUGGGAAACCCGAGAUGGAAGGAGACUGUCCGGUUUGGCCAACGUACAUGGCAGAGGGACAUUGGAAUCAAGUUUACACAAGUUAAGAAGGAAGCAACGCAAGCAGUUAGUUACACAGACCAGAAAACCCGGAGGUAUCCCCGGAAAACCCCACAAAGCGAGGAGCAACGUCGUCUCACCAGUUCUUCAGGAGGAGGACCACCCCCGGAGAACCUCUACCCAGAAACUGCCCUUCGCCCUGCUACCUCAGAGAAGGCUGCCACCAGAGGAGCCCCCUCUCCCCCGAUGACCCAGGACCAGGAUGCUGGUCGCUGCCCCGCUGCUCCAGAGAGGGAUGCUCCUGAAGGAACGACCUCCUCGAUCCAGGACACUGAAGCUACUGAUCACCCUGCUGUCCAGAGGAAGGCUGCUCCAAGGGGAACGCACUCCACAGCCCAGGAUCUCAAUGCCGCAUGUUGUCCUACCAGGCAAAGAUGUCGUAGCCAGUGAGUCCAGCCCCACCCCGGGAGCAACUUCACCUCCUCAAGCUUCUCUGCCAGCCCAAGAGGAACCGCCUGGCGAGUCUGCAGGCACAACAGAGGUCCGCCCCACAGAGGGUGAGGCAGGGGAAGUCGACUGCAUCUACCUCCAGUACCCAGUCCCUACAGGCUGCCUCCUCUGC